AUGCCUGUUAUUCCAAGAUUGGAUGAAAGAAUAACUGUAGCAAACUCAUCGUACUUUUUGGUGAAGAGGCAGAACGCUUGCGCUGAUCCAGGUUAUAACCCGUGUCCAGAUGGCGAUGGAUGUUGUCCCGCUGGCUCAACCUGUCUACCUAACCAAAAAUGCAGCGGAGGGUGUGGAGCUAAUUAUCCACGUUGUAGUGCUACUAGUUGCUGUGCACCAGGCCAAAUCUGUUGUCCUCUUGGUGGUUGCUGUCCUGAAAAUCAAACAUGUGGGGCAGAUAAGACAUGUCGUAAAGCAGAUCCUAAUACUACUGCUGCUAAUGCACCUGCUACUACUGAUCUUGCGGCACCUACAACUACUGAUCUUGCGGCACCUACUACUAGCAUUGAUGUUCCAACUGUUAGUACGACUACACCUAGUGCUAAAGCCCCUCCUAAGUCACCUAGUCCUAAGCUUACUGAUGCGGCU